AUGACAUUAAUUCAGAACGGUAGCUCUCAUCUGUUAUCGUCCAAAAGAAGUGUCCUUGAUGUUAUUAAUGGUGAUAUCCAUAGUGAUACAAGCAGUAAUAGUAGCAGUGAUAGUGAAGAGACACGUGACAUCCGUCGUCUCAAUUCUCGUUUAUUAGUCACUAAAUUAUCCGAAUCAUCACUUCCACAGUCAACGAAAAACAAUUCUUCUACAACCGACAUCGAACAUUGUAUCAAAUUAGCAAUUGAUAAAGGUGAUAUAGCUACACUAUCUCAAUUGUACAAAGAAAACAAAAUUAAUGUUGAACAACGUUUUACAUGUGGAUGGAAUUCUCUAAUUUAUGCAUCGUACACAUGUCAAUUAAAAACUGUUAAAUAUUUGAUCGAACAAAAUGGAGCGAAUAUAAAUGGUGGCAUAAAUCAAGAAUUCAGUCCGUUAAUGGCCUGUUGUAUGUCCACUCAUUCUCGCUGUAAAUCAACUAUAACCUCCAUUGCUCAACAUCAAUAUUUAUGUUGUAAAUAUUUGUUAAAUCAUGGUGCUCAAGUUGAGCCGAAUACGGCUAGUUUUACUACUACUCCUUUGAUGUAUGCUUCGAGAUUUGGUCACUCUCAUUUGAUUCAAUUAUUGAUUGAUCACGGUGCCGAUUUAAAUCGUCGAGAUGAAAAAGGAUGGUGUCCACUAUUGAUGGCUACUCAACAUGGACAUUUAGAUAUUGUUAAACAGCUAGUACGAAAUGGUGCUGAGACAAAGAUUAAAACGAAUCAGGGUCUCACUGCUCAAGACAUUGCUAAACAUUUACAAUUUACAAACAUUUAUACAUAUUUAACACAAGAAGAAGAAACAUUGGAUCAAGCAGUGCCUAAUGAAACUUCAAUAUGUUCAUCUCCUUCCGAAUUAGAAUUAUUUUUGGAUAUUAUUGAAUUAGACUAUUUAAAAUCAUUGUUUAUUAAUAAAUACUCAACAUUAGAUGAUUUAUUUACAGUUGAUUUAGAUUCUUUGAUUGAAAAUAUUACCGAUUGUCAAAAAUUAAAAUUAGCUUUACAAAAAAUAGAUUUACCUUGUCAAAGUGAAAAACAAUGUGAAGCUAAUUUAGAAUUAGAGGAAAUUAAUCGAGAUAUAAAAAGGAUAGAGACUAAUGUUGCACAAAUAGCACAAUUAACUAAAAACCACAAAACAAGGGAUAUGAUGAUGCAUCGUUUUUUUCAUAACCAUUUUAUUCAAAUACAUUCAACAGCCGUUGUUACUGUAACAGCUUUUACAGCUAUUAUUGGCUGUUUUUUAUUUAUAAAAAGAAAAAAGAUGAUAUGA